CUUUUAGAAAAACGGAGCCCUUUUCCCUACUGGGCUCGGUUUCUAGUAGGGGAAGCUCCGCCCCUCUGGGCCACUGAUUGGUCCAACUCUUUUUAAGAUAAUUUAUGCCAGCAUCCUCGGGAUUUGAUUGGCUUCCCGGCUGAGUUCCGCUGGGAGUCGCAUCCUACCUGGUUAGGAGGUGUAUGGCCAUUCCACACUCUCCCAGCUCCUACUCACUGGGCUGCUGCUGAGGUGGGAGGCAAAGUCCUGGUUCGGAGAUUGGGCAGUGUUAACAGAAAAAGAGAUCCCGAUGGGUUCUUGGAAAGCUUUUCUCUUCUCCCCUUUUCUUCUGUGGAGUCAAAGUAGAGGGGUGAGGUUGAUGUUCUUAUUAUUGACCCUGCAUUUGGGAAACUGUGUUGAUAAAGCAGAUGACGAAGAUGAUGAAGAUUUAACAGUGAACAAAACAUGGGUCUUGGCACCAAAAAUUCAUGAAGGAGAUAUCACACAGAUUCUCAACUCAUUGCUUCAGGGCUAUGACAAUAAACUUCGUCCAGACAUAGGAGUGAGGCCCACAGUAAUAGAAACUGAUGUUUAUGUAAACAGCAUUGGACCAGUUGACCCCAUAAACAUGGAGUACACAAUUGAUAUAAUUUUUGCCCAAACCUGGUUUGACAGCCGUUUGAAGUUCAACAGUACCAUGAAAGUGCUCAUGCUUAACAGUAAUAUGGUUGGAAAAAUUUGGAUUCCUGACACUUUUUUCAGAAAUUCAAGAAAAUCAGAUGCACACUGGAUAACAACUCCGAAUCGCCUGCUGCGGAUUUGGAAUGAUGGACGAGUUCUAUAUACUCUCAGAUUGACAAUUAAUGCAGAAUGUUACCUUCAGCUUCAUAACUUUCCUAUGGAUGAACAUUCUUGUCCACUGGAAUUUUCAAGCUAUGGGUAUCCUAAAAAUGAAAUUGAAUAUAAGUGGAAAAAGCCCUCUGUGGAAGUGGCUGAUCCUAAAUACUGGAGAUUAUAUCAGUUUGCAUUUGUAGGGUUACGGAACACAACUGAAAUCUCUCACACAAUCUCUGGCGAUUAUAUUAUCAUGACAAUUUUUUUUGACCUGAGCAGACGAAUGGGAUAUUUCACUAUCCAGACCUACAUCCCAUGCAUUCUUACAGUUGUUCUUUCUUGGGUGUCUUUUUGGAUCAAUAAAGAUGCAGUACCUGCAAGAACAUCACUGGGUAUCACUACCGUUUUGACUAUGACAACCCUGAGUACAAUUGCCAGGAAGUCUUUACCUAAGGUUUCUUACGUGACUGCGAUGGAUCUCUUUGUUUCUGUGUGUUUCAUUUUUGUUUUUGCAGCCUUGAUGGAAUAUGGAACCUUGCACUAUUUUACUAGCAACAAAAAAGGAAAGACUACUAGAGACAGGAAGCUAAAAAGCAAGGCCUCGCUAUCCCCUGGUCUCCAUGCUGGAUCCACUCUGAUUCCAAUGAAUAGCAUUUCUCUGCCUCAAGGAGAAGAUGAUUAUGGGUAUCAGUGUUUGGAGGGUAAAGAUUGUGCCAGCUUCUUCUGCUGCUUUGAAGACUGCAGAACAGGAUCUUGGAGGGAAGGAAGGAUCCACAUACGCAUUGCGAAAAUUGACUCCUACUCUCGAAUAUUUUUCCCAACAGCUUUCGCACUAUUCAAUCUGGUUUACUGGGUUGGUUAUCUUUACUUAUAAAUUCCAUUUCUAAACAAAAAAUCAUAAGACAUCUGGCUAAAUCUGAUGUAAUCUGUUGUACUUCAGUAAUAAGAGGGUCAAACUUAAAAUGGGGAGAAUCCAACGGUUAAAAUCUGAAUAGUAUUAUAACUAUUUUAAGGCCUUCAUAGGUAAAUAAAAUAACUACUUUUAAAUUCAUUUACAUAAAUUUACAGAAAACUCAUUAGUUGUCAGAUCCAGUAUGUUAAAAUAUUAUUAUGUAUAUUAUUAAUUUAUUAGUAUUAAAUCUUGUUAGGAUUUUGAAAGCUUCAUAAGUUAUGUGAUACAUAUUUUAAAGAUGAAAUAAAUUUAGUAUGUAUUUUGUUUAAAUAUAACUAUCAUUGUAUUGGGAGACUAAUGCCUAAUGUUUAAUAACUAUUUUGUCUAGAAACAUUGCUUACUUGAUUUUUUUUCUUGAUUUUUAUUUAUCUGCACUGUUUGGGAUGCAGUUUGUUAAAACAAAUUUAUAAUUUCUUUGAAUUUAUUUCCAAGAUUUUUCAUUCCCCAGAAGACACUGUUUUAUUUAUUUUUAAAAGUUAUUUGUUGUGAAUUGACAACUUGUAGUUGCAUAAAUUUUUGGAGUGAAAAAUGUUAUCAUUAUCUAUGAAUACAAUCUGAAAUAGUUAAAUCAAAAGCUAGUUGGCAAUUACAGGUGACUUAUGAAAUAGCCAGUAUGUAUCUGUCAUUUAAUCCAGUCCAUUUCCUGAUUCAAUAUUAAACAAAACUCUGGCUACAUUUAGUCUGAGGAUCUGUAAAAUUAGAUGGACAUAGUCACAUCAAUUUUUUCAUAAGCAAGAUGAAAAAAAUUCAGGAAAAAUGUUACACUUAUCCAUUUUAUUUUCUGUCUAAUAAUAUUUAUGAAGGAUGAAGAUGUUAACACUGAAAUGCUAAAAUCUGCUCACAUUACAAUUCAAUGCAAAAGGAAAAGAUAAUUGUUUUCUUUAGGUGCUAGAAGAGUGUUACAGUCCCUGAGUUAACAAGCAUUAGGGAAGAGAGGUUACAUGUAUUCUUAAUGGUUAAAAGUUAUUUAGAAAAUUAGAUUUCAAGUCAUAUUGAGGGUAUGAUCUUAAAUACGUAGUAUUAACAUUUAUUAGACCAUACGUAUCUGGGAAACAGUUUAAGGCCUGUGUCACAUAUUGCCUCUUCCACCUCCCGGAUUCUGGUCCAGUUUCACAACUACAUUAUAAAUGGUUCUGUUCUCUUUUCUAGAAAAUGGGGCAAGCCUCAAAAUCAUGUUAAAAGUGGAGCUUUUCAGAGGCAUCCUGAAUGAACUUGAGUGUGGGAGCUCUUUAAAUUUCUUCAGAAAACAGUAGGAAAAGUGCCGAUAAAGUCUCACUAUAUUUAAAGACUAUCAAUACUUGCCAACUGUCUCUAGUUAAGAAGGGAAUUAAAGUUAGGCUUCAAUGAUUAUAUCCCACUAAGUCAUUUAGCAUAUCAAUUUCUUAUACAAGCUCCAUAUUCAUUCACCAAAACCAGAUUCUGGAGAAACACCACAGUCAGCCAGAAGAUAGACUUUAAAAAGUGUUCCCAUUGCCAAGAGCAAGAUUAGAGUGAAGAGUUUUAUGAUUGAGUCCUUAAAAGAGUAGAAAAUCAAAGGGAAUAUUUUCCCCAGAAGUCUCAUUAAAUAUAAAGUUUUGAUGUCACCUUCAUAUUUGACAGUUGAGAUUUUAAUGUGAGUUUCCUCUCCUACUUGGUCAGUGAGUGGGGUUCUGGCAUGGUUAUACUUGUUUUGGGAACAUAUAGGAUUUUUAACCUGGCUAAAACUGAUUUUUUUUUCACUUUGCUUACAAACCCCUGAGAAAAGAAGAAGGAAUUGAACAGUAAUGACAAAUAUCCACUGAGACUGCCUUUUUUUAAAAAAUGGAAAGCCAAUUAAACUUUGACUGUGUAUAUAUUCAUUUGUAGAUUAUUCAUGCAUUCAGGUUUAUAACAUCGAGUACUGGUGGAUAUUCUAACUUGCACAUUCAUUUCUGGAUAAAUGAAAAAUAAAGUAUCCAUGAAGAAAUAAAGUAAUUCAUUAAAUUUUUUUAUGGCUAGUUCACAUGUUUUAAGCUAUAGCCUGCUCAUUAUCAUGGGGCAGUUUUGACUUUGGGGCUCUUUCAAUUGUAUCUGAGCAUGACUACAUUUUAAAAUACAUAAAAUGCUUGAUAUAAACAGCCUGGAUUUUCUCAUUGGUGUUUUAUUAACUAGACUUCAAAUGUUGACAGUAUUUAAAAGUGAAAAUAAAACUGAUGAAAAUAUAAAAGAUGAUUUUCUAUUUAUAUUUCUUGUAUAUACCAUAAAAAUAAGCCCAUUGUUUUCAAAGCUGCUAUUAUUUUGAGCAGUUUUUAUUUAAAUAUUCAGAUGAGAAAGAGAGGUGUACAAACUGAUUAUUUCUAAAAAUUAGCAUGAAAAGGUCAAAGUACAUUUAGACACUUUUUACAAGAAAUCAAAAAAAACUUUUUUUCAAAUGGGAGGCAAUGUAAUCCUUCUUCCUUUCUUCUUUAAAGUAUUAAUUUUACCAUUUUGGGAAAUAUGUUUUAAAAAGCUUCCUCUUUUUCUAGGUGAGUUAUGUCUAAAUUUACUGGGACUUGUGUAUCCUGGAUGGAAAAAAAAAAAGUUUUUAACACUCAUACCAAAACAGUGGAUAUAACAGAUGAGAAAGAUAACUGAA